AUGUCUAUGGAAGAAGCUAUCGAACAGGCCAAACGCGCGUUCGCGCUGAGGAAAUACGAGCAGUCGGUCGACCAUUAUGCUACUGCUCUCGAGCUCGCUACGGAGAAGUACGGCGAGAAGGGCUCGGAGACGGCAGAUCUGUAUUAUGCGUACGGGAAGGCACUGCUGGAGAACGCGAUUGCACAAAGUUCGGUACUGGGGAAGGAGCAGGCGGAGGAAGCUGUGCGUGCAGUGGCCGGAGAGUCAGAGACCGCUGGCCCAGGCAAAUUCCUCUCGUUCUCAGGCGAUGUUGAUGAUGACGCAGAGCCGCUUGUGCCCGGAAGCAAGGAGGACGUCCCCGUAGACCUCUUCGGCGAGGCGCAGAAAGCCGCGGAACGUGACGAGGAGGAGGAGGACGAUGAGGAGGAAGAAGGCGAAGAGGAAGAGGGAGAGCCCGAGGACGACUUCAACGCAGCGUGGGAGGUGCUCGACCUCGCACGCGCCAUCUACGAGAAGCAACAAGAGGAGAGUGACGAAGUAAAGCUGAAGCUCGCGGACACGUUCCUCGCCCUCGGCGACGUCUCGCUCGAGACGGAGAAAUUCGAGCAGGCAAUCGCAGACUAUGACCAGGCCCUCGCGCUCAAAGUCGACCUCCUGCCCCAGUCCUCCCGCCAGAUAGCCGAAGCGCACUACAAGCUCAGCAUCGUGCUGGACCUCACCUCAGGGCGCCUGAGCGACUCGAUCACGCACGCAGAACGAGCGCUCGACAGUGUGGAGGCGAGGUUGGCUGAGCUGCGGGAUGCGCUGAGUGGCCAGGGAAUGGUGAAGGUCGCCGUCGAUGAGAAAUCCGAUCCGAAGGGCAAAGGCAAGGCUAGGGGGGCCCGGAUACUGGGAGAUGAUGCAGUUCAGCAUCUGACCCAGAGUCAAAUGGAGGCCGAAGUCAAAGAACUGCAGGGCUUGAAGGAGGAUCUGGCCCUCAAGGUGGAAGAGCUCAAAACAUCACCAGAGCAGACGGCAGAGUCAGCGCCCGCCAUGGUGGAAAGGGCACUUGACCAUGAGCUGAACACCGGCAAACAGCCGUCCGCCCCUGUUCCUCAGCCAGUGAAUGACCUAACGUCGAUGGUGAAAAAGAAGAAAAAGGAUCCGGAGGCGAACGGUACGGCCAAACGCAAAGCCGAGGAAGAACCACCUGCCUCGACGCCGUCAGAGAAGAAAGCAAAGGUCGAAGGCUCGUAA